GACGGGGAAGUGCAGCGCAAAUAGCGAAUGCUGAAAGUGAUUAGGAGAGUUUGCACAAGAUUGAACCAACAACAGACAUCUGAGACUUGAGUGCCUUAGAGACGCACACCUGUUGACUUCUGCUUUCUGAAUUUAAUCGAGGCAAUCGGUUGAGAUUCAGAAAUGACGGACACUCUUAUUCCCAAUGAUUGCAAGAGCAACGGACCGGUGGAGAGUGGCUACUUUAAAAAGGGAUGCAAUCCAUUUGCUCAGACCGGCCGCAGUAAGCUGCAGAAUAAAAGAGCACGUCUCAACCAGCAAAUCAUCAAGCAGAUGAGGAUGAGAGCUGGAGCAGAGAACCUUCUCAAGGCGACGUCCAAUAAUAAGGUUCGGGAGCAGGUGGCGCUGGAGUUGAGUUAUGUCAACUCAGAUCUGCAGCUUCUUAUGGAGCAGCUGGAAGGACUCAACAGCUCUGUGGACGUUUAUCAGAACGUACAAGAGACAUCCAGCAUUCCACUCAUCCCUCUGGGACUGAAGGAGACAAAGGAUGUGGAUUUCUCAGUUGCUCUCAAGGACUUCAUCCUGGAACACUACAGUGAAGAUGGCUCAAACUUUCAGGUUGAGAUUGAUGACCUGAUGGAUCUGAGACAGGCCUGUCGGACCCCCAGUCGUAAUCCUUCUGGUGUAGAUUUGCUUGCCAGCUACUUCAGUCAACUUUCCUUCUUAGAACCUCGAUUCUUCUCCCCUACAUGCCAGAUUGGCAUUUUCUUCACUUGGUAUGACUCUUUUACCGGUGUGCCUGUGUGCCAGCAGAACAUCUCUCUGGAGAAAGCCAGCAUACUCUUCAACAUGGCAGCACUAUGCUCCCAGAUUGGAACCCGCACCGACAGACAGACACAAGCUGGACUCGAGGACGCCAUUGCUGCCUUCCAGAAAUCCGCAGGUGUGCUGCACUACCUGAAGGAGACAUUUACACACACUCCCAGUUAUGAUAUGAGCCCUGCAAUGCUGAGCAUGUUGAUCCGGCUGAUGGUAGCACAGGCGCAGGAGUGUAUGUUUGAGCAAAUUACUCUUCCAGGAAUCCGAAAUGAGUUCUUCAGCCUGCUCAAAAUAGCGCAAGAGGCUGCCAAGGUGGGGGAAACCUACAGUGAAGUUCACCAGUCCAUGAUCCAGACCCCCAUUAAGAACAACGUGCCCUUUUUCUGGACCACCAUGUCCGAGCUGAAGACCAAUCACUACAACUCUCUUGCCCAUUACUUUGUCUCCACCGCUCUGCUGGACCACCAUUUGACACCCAGUGAUGACGAGGACAAGCAAGAGAAGGCUCUGUCACAACUAUAUGAUACCAUGCCAGAGGGACGUUCUCCUCUUGACAUUCUAAAGGAUAAGGAGGAGAGACGGCGGAUAGGUAAAGCUCAUCUGCAGCGCUCCAUCAUGGGACACGAAGAGGCCAUCCGCACACAUUCUCGCUGUCGACACCUGCAAAAACUGGACAUCCUGAGUGACAUCCUACAAGCUGGCCUCAAGCGCGCUCUUACCAAGUUUGAACAAAACGACAAGGAAGAUGAGUUCACAGACUACAUGCUUGCGCCAGAUAUCAUCUCUAAAACAGAAAAGAAAGCGGAGAUGGAAAUUCCAGCUGCCACCAAGGUGAAAGUCAAAGACCUAUUCCAGCGGCUGGUAUGUGGGCUACUAAUUUUACUCAAAGACAUUUUGAGCUCUUUUCACAGCACAGGAAUGCUCUUGCAAAUUUGCAGGUUUCUUAGUACACCGAAUAGUUUUACACUACAUCUAAGUAUCCUGUGAGCAUGUGUGCUGUUGAACAGACCCAUGUUGAUUGACCUGUACACACUGGCCAAACAGACCACAACCUCAACAAUCCAAGGUUCUAGUUUCAUUAGUAAAACCAAAAUACUGCAAUCAGUUGGGAAUGGCACCAAGUUGUAAUUUUGAAUUUUUGGGGAAUCUGUUUGGUCAGUCUGUAGAGUAUUAUACUCCUUUUACAAUACUAAUAUGAAUAACCCUGGUUUGAACAUGAAUUUCAAAGUUCUAUGACAUCCUGUUACUAUGACUUUAUGAAACUCAAAUCAACUUUGUCAUCACUAUUACCUAACUCAUACUUUGUGUUAGGGGUUUGAACAAACUCCUAACCUUAAGUAUUUAAUGUUGGCACAAAACUCAUCCUUCACUAUUUGUCCACAGACAGAUACUUAUUGAAC